CAAGAUCUCUUGACAUCGUAGCAUCGUCGUCACGUGCUUCCGACCACCCACGCGAUGUGUCUCUUCCUCUUGACGACCUCGGAGACCGGAACCGCCUCGUUCCGGCCUGCUGCCGCCACUCGCUCCGAGUCGAGCGUGCACGACCAAAGCAAAGUACAUGUGGGUAGAGCCACACCAUCGACGCAUGGCAGUGACAACAAGUGUUGCGUAAAGAAAGGUGCAUGACUCGUCCAGAAAUCGUCCAGCGCCCGACUGCUGAUCCUCCUCUCGCUUCGAAAGAAGCGCAGCACAGUCGGAAACAAACAUAUACUAGUACUGGUCAGAGACCACAUGGCCAGUGUUGUAUAACGUGGUCGUGAUGGUCACCACAACUCGUUUUGCCUCCUGCCGCAACAACAGCAUGACCGACCGAUGCUGCUUUCCAAAUGAGAAGGUCGACGACAUUUCGAUUGCAACGAUCUCGGCAUUUCUCGCACCGACCGCCGACUUUGGCGACAACUCAUGCUCGUCCUCGUCCUUUGCGUCUUCCGCGCCACCGACCUCCCCGACCACCACCAUCACCAAGCAACGCUACAUGCGACCCAAGCAAGAAAUCGACGCGCUUCGUAUCACCUACGCCAAGCUCCGGCGUCAAUUGCACCUCCUCGAGACACGGCUCGCCAACGUCCCAGCAGCGGCGCUGCCGUGGCAAACCCGCGCCAUUGAGCAAGCCAAAGGCGUGCAACAAGCGAUGCACGAGAACCUUCGGCUUAAAAACAUGGUGACGGAGCGCGCGCAGGUCAUUGAGACGCUCCAAAGUGUCCUCACCAAGCACCCGAGUAUUCUUGUCGACGACGGCUCGUGGAUGCUGGGCACAUUGGGGGCACAUGACCGCACGCAGCACUUGGAGCAGCUUUUGCGGGCCCAGUACGACAAGCGCAGCCGCGAGUGGGUUCGGCACGGCUUGUACGACGUUCGUCACGCCUGCCUCGAGCAACACCGGGCGUUUGUUGACUGCGACUCGGACGAGACGCUCUCGCUGGUGUGUCUCCUCUCUCGAAAGGUGCCGCUCUCCGUGCACGACAUGAGCCACGUCCUCUGGAGCCUCAAGUCGCGGCCAGCCGACAACCGAUGUGCCGUACUGCAAACGUUUCACGACAACCUCAUCUAUGUUCGGGAGAUGAUUCCGCUGCCGCCGCCGGCCUCGUCACAGAUCGAGGUGCGGACAGCGCUGCGUCGGUACGUCGAGAGCGACGACAGCGUUGUGUUUGCAUGGCGGGCCAUUGCCGACGACCGACUGCAUCCCAUUGACGCACACCACGUCAUCGGCCAACGGGAAGGCUGGACGACGAUCCACGCCGUGGACGGUGGCGCGUUUGUGCAAGUGUGCGUGCAGCUGUCGCUGCCCGCGCGACUGGUAUCGGCCGAGACGUUGCCGACGGAAACACUCAACGAGCUCGUGCUCCAAACCAUCGAAGCCAACUGCGCGCGCUUCUGCAGCCAGCUCGAUGGGGCCAUGCAGCGUUGUCUGCGGCAGAAAGCCGCUUGUGCAUGAAGUCCAAUCCAAAUUUUAGUUUAUAUGGUCAACUUUGUGUCGUUGAUACCAGUUGUACUAACUAAAAAACGAAAAUUGGCGACAGA